AUGUCUUUCCGCACCCUCAGAAUCGGCCUCAUUCCCGGUGAUGGUAUCGGCAAGGAGGUCAUCCCCGCUGGCCGCCGCAUUCUCGAAGCUCUUCCCGCAUCUCUCGGCCUCAAGUUCGACUUCGUCGACCUCAAGGCUGGCUUCGAGACCUUUGAGCAGACCGGCGCUGCGCUCCCCGACAAGACUGUCGAGGUUCUAAGAAACGAGUGUGAUGGUGCGCUUUUUGGAGCUGUGAGCUCGCCUACACAGGCUGUCAAGGGUUACUCAUCGCCCAUUGUCGCUUUGCGAAAGAAGCUCGACCUCUACGCCAACGUCCGUCCCGUCAAGACUGUCCUGACCGCUGCUAAGCCUAUCGACAUGGUUAUUGUCCGCGAGAAUACUGAGGAUCUGUACGUCAAGCAGGAGCAGACCCAUGAGACCCCCGAGGGUAAGGUGGCCGAGGCUAUUAAGCGCAUUUCCGAGAAGGCUUCGUUCCGCAUUGCUACCAUGGCUGGUGACAUUGCUCUGCGUCGUCAGAAGAUCCGUGAUGCUGGUGCAUCUAGCAUUCACAAGUCUCCCCUUGUCACCAUCACCCACAAGUCCAACGUCCUGUCCCAGACCGACGGUCUCUUCCGUGCUACCUGCAAGAAGGCCCUUGCCGAUCCCAAGUUCUCAUCUGUUGCCGUUGAGGAGCAGAUUGUCGACUCUAUGGUUUACAAGCUCUUCCGUCAGCCCGAGGACUACGACGCCAUUGUCGCUCCUAACCUGUACGGUGAUAUUCUCUCCGACGGCGCUGCUGCUCUUGUCGGUAGCUUGGGUCUCGUCCCCAGUGCCAACGUUGGUGCAAACUUCGCCAUUGGUGAGCCUUGCCACGGCAGUGCCCCCGAUAUUCAGGGCCAGAACAUCGCCAACCCCAUUGCUACUCUCCGAUCCACUGCCCUGAUGCUUGAGUUCCUCAACGAGGAGGAGGCUGCUGCUAAGAUCUAUGCUGCUGUUGAUGGUAACCUUGAGGAGGGCAAGCUCCUGAGCCCCGACUUGGGUGGUAAGGCCACUACCGAAGAGGUUGUCGCUGACAUUCUCCGACGCAUGUAA